AUGACUUUGAUUAUGAUACUUGUGGCCAGAAAUCAUAUAGAACAACAUACAGCACCUCUGAGCUCUGGAUAUUUUACGGAGUUUUGGAGAGUUUUUCAAACCAGUAAACUUCCCGUUAUACCAAAUGAAAAUGAUAAGCGUCAAAAGAUACUACUUAUAACUCAUGGACGCAGUGGAAGUACAUUUACUGCUGAUAUUUUGAGUUCUAAUUCAGAUGUGUUCUAUAUAUUUGAACCUCUAUAUAAAACAUGUAUAAGACAUACUGGUAAAGAUUUAUUAAUUACUGAUAAUGGUAUUAAAGACAGAAAUGUCAAACCAAAUAUGACAUCGUAUAAAGAAGAGGUUUAUAAUGUGAUCAAAUCCUUUUUUAACUGUAAUAUAUCCCAUUUACCUUUACCAGCAUUACAAAACCCCUUACUUUUUCUUCGACCAUCAACAUGGAAUUUUACCAAUUGUCUCAAGCAUUCCAACAACUCUGUAUCUACGUGUAUCAAGGACUUUGAAUCAAAAUGUCGCGAAAAAUCCAAAAUUUUGAUCAAGACCAUCAGAUAUCCAAUAUCAAUUCUGCAUAACCAAAUGUUAACCGACCCUCAACUGUAUGUGAUAUAUUUAAUUCGAGAUCCAAGAGGCACGAUCAGCUCUCAGAUUAUGAACUUUAAAAGUUUUUCUUUCACUAGAGUUGGUUAUGCUGCUCAACGAAUAUGUGAAUCUAUGGACAAUGAAAUAAAAGUGAUCAGAAAACUUCAUGCAUUAUUUCCUAAUAGAAUAAAAGUUGUACGGUACGAAUCUCUCGCCUUUCAACCAAUGAAAAAAACUAAAGAGAUGUUCAAGUUUCUGAAAUUUAACAUGACACUAAAAAAUCUAGAAUUUAUCCAAGGGAGAGUUGGAAAGAAAAAUUCUUGUAACGUCGGUUGUUCAGUGCGAACAAAUUCGAAACUGGCUGCUUAUAGAUGGAGAAAACGGAUCGCCUCAGCAUCAUCAUUUAAAAUAGAUAAACAUUGCCUCAAUGUUUAUGAUAAGAUGUGUUAUAUAUCAACUAAAUCAGUGAAAGACUUAAGAAAUGACAAAUUUCCUUUGAUGAAAUCCUGUGGAUUUGAGGGUUACAGAAUCUGA